AUGCCGCUAUGUGGGAGCAAUCCGUCGUCAAGAUAUCCAAUAGAACGUAAAAUUGUCAUUUUAGGUGAUGGUGCGUGUGGUAAAACAUCAUUACUUAACGUUUUUACCAGAGGUUACUUUCCAAAGGUUUAUGAACCAACAGUAUUUGAAAAUUAUAUUCAUGACAUUUUUGUAGAUCAUCAACAUAUUACUUUAAGCCUAUGGGACACUGCUGGGCAAGAGGAAUUCGAUCGGUUGCGAUCCUUGUCAUAUUCAGAUACACAUACUAUAAUGCUUUGCUUUUCAGUUGACUCCAGAGAUUCGUUAGAAAACGUUAAGAAUAAGUGGGUUGGAGAAAUUGCAGAUCACUGUGAAGGCGUUAAGCUAGUUUUGGUGGCUUUGAAGUGUGAUUUGCGCAGUAGCGAGGAAUAUGGAAACGAAAAUGCCAUAACGGCGGACUCUAUUAAAAACCAGCAGCAGAAUGGUGAGAUGGGAAACAAUAAUAACACUUUAAUCACAUAUGAGGAGGGUCUACUGAUGGCGAAAGAGAUCAGGGCGUUGCGGUAUCUCGAGUGCAGUGCAAAGAUGAACAGAGGAGUUAAUGAAGCCUUUACAGAGGCGGCCCGCUGUGCGUUGACUGCCACACCAAGAGGUGCGCGAGACGCAGCUAAUGAAUCCGAGGGUAGUCGUUGUUUAAUUAUGUGA